UGUCAUAUAGCUGUGACUAUUGGCAACCCUGUCACUUUCGGUCCUGAUUGAAAUUUGUUUUAUUUUUGUUAAGCAUGCAGAUUACAAUCAAAGUCCUUAAGGGACAAGAUUGCACGCUAAAUGUCUUGCCCUCAUCCACCAUUCUGGAUGUAAAGAAACAAAUAGAAUCUGCGCUGAAAAUACAGGCAUCAAAUCAGAAACUUCUACUUCUUGGACGACCCCUCAAUAAUGAGGCAACAGUUGCAUCCUAUCCCAAUAUUAAGAAUGGCACCAAAUUAAAUCUAGUCGUAAUGAAGCCGGCACUACGAGACUGCAUUCAUCGGGCGUUUCGCAAAUACUACACGGAACAGCAGUCGGAGCUACUGACAAACCAUUUUAUUGCUGAUUUCGAAAAGAGAACCAAGGAAUUGAGUCUGGACGAUUUGGAGAGGCUGGCAGAUAACAUAACGAGUGCUUGAUGGACCUCCAAUGUGUAGAUUUAAAUGUGAGGGAAAUUGUAAUACUAGCGGCUAUAUAAAAUAAACAGGUAUAUUAAACAAAAUAAA